AUGGGCUCGAUUGUGGAUACGCAAAAUGAAUAUGACUACAUCAUCUGUGGAGGAGGAACCUCUGGUUGUGUAGUCGCAGGCCGUCUUGCUGAGAAUCCCGAUAUCAAAAUCCUCGUCAUCGAAGCCGGACAACACAAUCGGGACCUGGAAAAUGUACACAUGGCCGGAGGAUGGUCAAAUAACUUUGACUCGGAGACCGACUGGAACCUAAUCACAAGCCCAAUGCCUGGAGUCGACAAUCGGCAGGUGAAACUGAGCCGUGGUCGGUUCCUCGGCGGUUCUAGCGGAUGCAAUGGUACACUGUGCAUACGAGGUGCCAAGCAGGAUUACGAUGACUGGGGACUGGAAGGUUGGAGUGGCGAGGAGUUCUUUGCUGCCAUGAGAAAGGCCGAAACCUUCCACUCCAAGCCGUGGUUCAAAGCGGACGAGAAGAGCCAUGGGUAUUCCGGCCCACUGCACACCGAGCCUCAUGACCUUGCCCCUAUUGCCAAUCUCCUGUUGGAUUCCUUCGUUUCACAGGGUUUGCCUCUACACCACGACAUGUUCAGCACCGGCGACGUACCCCAUGGAUGCGGCCACGUGCCUCGAACGGUAUACAUGGGCAUUCGGUCCACUGCGGCGGACUACAUCACCAAGGAAUAUCACCGCAAUAAUGUGACCAUCCAGACAGACACCACCGUCGACCGCGUCGUGCUCGAACAAGGUCCCGAUGGGCUCCGAGCCACCAGCGUCAUCACUCAGCUGGCAGAUGGGACGCCGCGCACAUUCCACGCGCGAAAGGGAAUCAUCGUCUCUGGAGGGGCGUACUGCAGUCCCGCCAUCCUCAUGCGCUCUGGAAUCGGUGCUCGCCAGGAGUUGGAGCAGCACGGCAUCCCCUGCCAAGUUGAUCUCCCCGGCGUGGGCAAGAACCUCAUGGACCACCUGAUCGUAUUCAUGUUCUACGAAACCGAAAAAGAAGGCCUCACGACCGACUUCCACGUCUACCACGACAACAACCUCGCCAAAACCUACCAGCAGUGGAAAGAACACAAGUCCGGCUUCCUCUCCACCUUUCCCUUUGGCUCCUUCGCAUUCGCCCGCAUCGACGACCGUCUAAAGGACGAGCCGCUCUGGCGCGAAGCCACCCGCCAACCCGGCCGCGACCCCAUGGGCCUCACCCCCAAACAGCCCAACAUCGAGUUCUUCACGACCGAGUGCUACGGCGGUCCCAAGCAGUACAACCAGUUCCCCAUCGACCACAAACACGCCUUUUCCAUGAUCGCCGAGCUGUUUGCGCCCAAGUCGCGCGGCACGGUGACGCUCAAGUCCAAGGAUCCAAAGGAGAACCCGGUCAUCGACUGCAACUAUCUGUCUGAGCCGCUGGAUCUGCUCGUGCUGACAGAGGCGUGUCGCUUCGGCAAUGAGAUUGUUAUGAACGGUGCGGGAACAAAGGAUAUCGUCAAGGGCUCGUGGCCGCCGAAUCUCAAGCAUCAUACGUACAAGACGAGGGAGGAGUGGAUCCCGUACGUCAAGGAGCAUGCGACGACUUGCUAUCACGCUUCCGGUACAUGCGCGAUGGGCAAAGAUGACAAUCCGAUGGCGGUGCUGGAUAACAAGCUGCGGGUGAGGGGAGUUGUUGGCCUUCGGGUUGCGGAUUGCAGUGCCAUGCCUACACUGCAUGGGGGACAUACUCAGAUGCCUGCAUAUGGCAUUGGGGAGAAGUGUGCUGAGUUGAUUGUAGAAUGA